CCGGCGCUGUGCUGGGCCGUUGGGAAGUGCGUCACGGCGGCAGCGCGACUGCGCCACGGCGGCGGAUUCGAACGUUGUCGGGCGGCGCUGGGCCUUGUCACGGCGGCGGGAGAAGGAGGAGAAAGGGGGAGGAAGACGAUGAGGCGCACGGUGUCCCGCGGCACUUUGAGGAAGAUCAUAAAGAAGCACAAGCCUCACUUACGUCUGGCGGCCAACACCGACUUGCUGGUACAUUUGAGCUUCUUGUUGUUUCUCCAGCGGCUGGCAGAAGAAACCAGGACGAAUGCUUUUGAGAACAAAAGUAAAGUAAUUAAACCUGAGCAUACUGUAGCUGCGGCAAAGGUUAUUUUAAAGAAAAGCAGAGGCUAGAGGAACAAAAAGUAACUGCAGAGGCUAGUAAACAGCAGUGGAAUUUCCAAACGCUUUUUUGUGCUUUCUUACCAACUUGAGAUCCUGUGAGCCAACUUUGCACCUGUGAAAGCCUUUAGUUUUAUUUAUGUCCAUCUCUUGACUCCGAGUAUCUUACUUCUGCUUUUAAAAAAUACAUACGUGCAUGCACAUUAUAAUGUUUUCAUCCAUUUGAUAAAUAAUUAUAGAAUGUAUCACUUAUGGCCAAUAAUGAUUAGCCAUAGUGUAAUGGAAGAUUUGCUGUACGUCAUUUCUCCCAUAAUAAUGGAACGAUCCCUGUACUGUACACAUUCUUCCAGUACGUAUAAUCAAAAGCGUGAAACUUUUUAAGAGUAGCAGCGGUAAAGACACAGAUUUCACUAAUUCCAUGAUGCAAAUUCAGAGUAGAUUUACUAGAUAGGCAAAAUCUUGGCUUCCAAAAUAAGUGCUGUAGAAGCUAAUACAUUAAAUACCUUGGCUGUGAUCUGUUUAUAAAUAUCUGAAUGGUUUUAAAUGACUGAAAAGCAGAUUAACACUUCUAUGUUGUAGAGUAGGAAUAUAUAUUUUAUGUUUAGAAAUCAUACUCUGAACUGUUUAGCUGGUCUGUUUUUUGAUGUGGUGUAUGGGACAAGUUGGUGGCCUCUAAUUCAGUUGCUGUGAACAGGUGCAUGUUGGAAGCAGGGAGGAAUACCAGGCAUAACUGAUGUGAAGGUGACUUCAAAACUGUUGCACUGGGUAUAAGUUGGCAUGAUACUUGAUACUUCUUUCACCACUUUAUGAAUGUUAUUCCAACUUGUCAGAAGCCUGGAAAUUGCAUGUUACAUAAAAUCUUGAAUUCAAAUCUGUGUUUUAAAUACUUUGUUUAGUUAAUCUUUUAAUAAAGUUGUAGUUUAAUCUA